UACCGGCCAUACAAGUGAGAAUGAGAGUAGUAUCUUUCGACUUCCUUGAUCGUUCCGGUCACGAGUGAAAGUAUGAUCAUCUUAACGUUACUUGGCAGUAACUGGUUCUAUCAUAUUGCUGAAAGCGUUACUAUUGUUUGACAUUUUUUUAAUGAACUUUUUAUUGUUUUAAUUGGGCAAGUUGACUUAUUACUUUUCUAUGUGUGUCAAGGCAUGUUCCUUACAAAAUAUUUAUAGUAACUUAUAACCAUGUCGCAGUUAAUUGUUCAAUUUUUUGGUUAGAAUGCGUACCUGGCAAUCUAAAAUUAAUCACCGAAAUAAUGAAGAAUAAAAAAAUAUCAACGUUCUAAUAAAUAAAUAAUAACUACAAAUUUGAUUAUACAGCAACCUUGUGUAAGAGCUUUAAUAGAUUUUAGGCAAUGCUGCAAAACGUCUUAUUUUUGAGAUUUAGAAAGAGAAAAUUUGAGAGAUAAAAGAAAUAGGAAGAAGGAAAACUUAAAAUUUGGGUGACUGAAAAAUUACUUAGAAGAAAAAAAGAAAAGGUAUAUAUAUAUUAUAAGCAGCCCUCCUUUUUGAUUUGUUAAAGUACUCACUGGCCUCUAAUUAAUUAUUCUAAAAGAGAUUCUUAAAUAAAUCAAAAGAUCUGUAGUCUUGUAUCAAGUCAUGGCAUUCCUCUUGAACAGUUGGAGUUCUGUAAUUUCAGCAACGUGAGACAUUUCAUAGUUUCUAUAACAUUCUGUGAGAUAUCAAUCACCAUUUUGUAUUGAGAAAUCUUUUACUUUAGUUAAUUCAUUAAUUUGUAAGAAUUGUUAAAUAUAUAGUUUUCGUUAAAAUUUGUUUCUUUCUAAGUUAAUUAUUCUUCCGAACCUAAAAUCAGAACUGGUAUAUGAAUCAUCAUUUAAAUAACUUUAAAAUAAUAAAAUUAUAAAACACAAGUGUGAAUUAUUUUCACUUACAUGUAUGCGGAAGAAGUCCUUUAUUUUAAGUCAUUGGUAAUCCACUCGCUUAGCCAAACUUUGGUGUCCCCCUUUAAACAGCUACCGACCCGCGAGAAGCAUUCUUGAUCACUCCACCCUUUGGCGUCUCUGGCGCGAUCCACUUCCUCACGCCAUACUUCGAUGUUAUUUACGGAUGGAUCGAAAUGAGAAAUGUAAUAGGGCUGAGAUCUCAUAGGUUGUAUAGUUUUAAUAGCUUGCAUUAAAGCAUGUGCGAGAGUAGAUGCCUUAGAGAUUGAAGAACCGUUCACUCUUAACGCCCCGGACGGAAGAGGACUCGCCGUUCUUGUGACAGGCGAUCGAGCCUUGUACGCAUGAUGCUUCGCGGUAAUAGAACGAGAGCGCGGCCUAAUACGUGUUUUACUUCGAGAAAGACCCCGCGACGACACACUGCUCGACCUAUGUCUACUUUUGUUUUGCGAAGGACAUCUAACAUCAUCGCGAGAGCCGUGCUCAUCACUAUCACUCGAGUCGAACCGCGCUAAGCAACGUGAGCCAUUUCGCAGAUCACGACGCCCACCACGUCAGUUUAAUACCAAAUAUUGUGUUUUUGUUAUCAAGUUUUCUCAGGUCACUGGAAAGCUCGAUCCCGGCGUGUGUGGCCUAUACAAGGUGGUCAAGAUGCUACCAGGUGGCCGUUAUGUUCUCCGACUUCUGAGUGGUGGUCAUGGCAAGAUGACGCAGGCAGCGGCGCAAUAUGUGGUGCCGUGGCGGGGCGAGUGUUGCCCAAAGAAUUGAGCUGCCUUUUUCGAAAAUAAGUGGCGAAACGUCGCCUUUGCGUUCAUCGCAUUUUUGAGUGAAGUAAGGCACACUUACUCAUCACUCCGGCGAAAAGUCGCCAUUGCGUUUGUCGCACUUAUGAGUAAAAUGAGUCGCACAUACUCAUCACUCAGGCGAAACGUCGCCUGGUGUUCGUCACCACAUUGAGACUUGAGCAAUACGUUGCCACAUAAACCUGUCAAUAAUGAUCAGUCUUCAGCCUGUUCGUUGGGUAAGACCUAUUCGUUGGAUCAGACCUGUUCGUCGGGUCAUAUUUCAGAUGCAGUAUUGAUUGCAGUCUGCCCAGCCACACCCCAGUCAAGAAGGGACGCUGAGCGUUGAAACAUAACGCAUAGUUUGGGUUUGAAUAAAAAGAAAAAAGAGACGUCUCUAUUAUUAUUAGAAGAAUGGUUUAUAUGUGAUGACUAUGAGUCGAUGUUUGAGUGUGAAAGUCUGAAUUAAGUGAAUGGGAAGAUAAUGAGAGGCUGAUCACAGUUAAUCAUAUUCCUUUCUAAAUAAUAUGUUCUUUUCAGAUAAAACUUUAGAUGAUGUCGAGACUGUAACAGCGUCAGAUGGUGUCGCCAGACCGUCUCACACAACGGUAAAAGUUGAACCAUCAACAGCCGACGGUUGAGGUCACGGCGGAAUCUCUGAAGUGUCAUCAGAAUCGAGGACGACGCUCUGUCGGGAAAGAGCGUAUAAGCAACCCUCUGUUUUAAUUUAUUUGUCUAUAACUGGCUCUUUGUUGCAGAUCUUACUUUUAAGUCUUUUUUUUUCAGUCUGUCAAUUGUCAAAAUCGAUAAAUAUUUAAUAACAACCAUUACAUAUCCUUAUCCUUAUACAUGAUAAGAAUAAACACAAAAACUAAUAAAAAACAAAAUUGUAAGAACUAUAUUACUCUAAAAUAUGGGGUUUUCCAAUAGGGACGCUUGAACUUUGACAGCUGAUUGCGGCCAUGUUGUUUGAGUGACACCUGUCAAAUGCAGUGUGUUAUAUUCAUUCCGUCCUCCCAAACCACCAUGGCAGGUUACAGUGUCGAGCAGCACGUGCAAAUCAUAAAAUUGUUUUAUGAAAAUGGGUCUUCAGUUCGAGCAACGUUCCGCGCACUUCGCCCGUUUUACGGUCGCGAUGAUCGUCCUGCCGAGUCGACUAUCCGUCGAUUGGUGGACAAAUUCGAGUCAACCGGGUCAGUUAACAAUCAGCCGGUUCCCGUGCGUCAACGUAACGCGAGAUCUGCCGAGAAUAUCGCCGCUGUGCGCGACAGUGUCCUCGAAAACCCGCGGCAGUCAAUUCCGCGUCGCGCACAGGAACUCGGCCUUUCGCAGACGACAACUUGGCGAAUUUUGCGUUGUGACUUGAGCCUGCACCCGUACAAGAUCCAGCUGACCCAAGAGCUCAAGGUUAAUGACCAUAGACAGCGCCGUGUGUUCGCUGACUGGGCAUUAGAGCAGUUGGAAGUUGACGCCGAUUUUGGCAAAAAAAUCAUCUUCAGCGACGAGGCGCAUUUUUGGAUGAAUGGCUAUGUCAACAAGCAAAAUUGCCGUAUUUGGGACGAGACCAAUCCACACGAGGUUCACCAAGUGGCAAUGCACCCGCAGAAAGUGACUGUUUGGUGCCGAUUUUGGGCCGGAGGCGUGAUUGGUCCGUAUUUUUUCGAAAACGAUAAUGGUGUGGCCGUCACCGUCAAUGGUGAGCGAUACCGGUCGAUGAUAACCAACUUCUUUUGGCCUGAAAUCGAGAAUAUGGAUCUGGACAACAUGUGGUUUCAACAGGACGGCGCUACGUGCCACACAGCACACGCUACGAUGGAAGUUCUGCACGAGCAAUUUCUGGACAUGGUCAUCUCGCGCGGAGGCGACGUGAACUGGCCACCGAGAUCGUGCGAUUUGACCCCGCUGGACUUUUUCUUGUGGGGUUUUCUUAAGUCGCAGGUCUAUGCCAACAAGCCGCAAACCACCGAUGCCCUCAAAGUCAACAUACGCCACGCCAUCGAUCAAAUACAGCCCGAUUUGUGCGCCAGAGUCAUCGAAAAUUGGACCUUUCGUGUGCGCGCCACCAACCGAAGCCGUGGUGGUCAUUUGAAUGAUGUCAUAUUCCAUACAUAAUGGGGUCGAUAGACCUUCCAAAUAAAAAAAAAAUUUCGCAAAUAUCUUUCCUACAUGUAUUUUUUUUUUGCAUUUCAAAGAUCAAGCGCCCUUAAUGGAAAACC